UCUAUAUCACCACCAGUGAGUGCUCUACGCCAUUUCCAACUCUUUGACAYAAUUGCUAUGACAUAAACUGAUCGGGAAUCGUGCUUUAGACUCCUUAUCCCACUCGUCCGCAAGAAUGGCCUGGCUACCGAGCCAUAUCUCGUGACAGAAGCAAGAUAUCGCAUCGAUCGGAAAAGUUUCAAUAUUUCGAUAAAAAGAACUGUUUAAAAACUUAAUAUAUUCCAAUGGCUACUGCAAUAAACCAUGGCUUGGAUAAAAUACCUGAUGCACAGGGCUAUCUAGUUAUCAACCAGGAAGGGGCAGUACUCGCUUCUGCAGGAGAUUUAGAAAAUGAUGAGAAACUAGCAGGGGUAUUUGUUGACAUGCUGCACACAGCUGCCAUGAUUCCAAUAUCUGGUGAUAGAACACAAAAAUUUAAAAGAAUGUCAGUUCAUUUUGGUGACUUUAUACUUAUGGCCACAGUAUCACAUCAAAGGAUAUUUGUGGUAAAAAGGCCAGCACCGCAAGAAAAUAGUUAGAAUGUUUUUACUUAGAAUUCUUUUCCUAUAACAUAGAUUGUAAACAUAUCCAUAUGAUAUAAUGAAUCAGAAACAUAAUAUUAUUGGAUGCCUUUGAUAGAUGUACUCCUUCUAAUGCUUUACAAACUUCAAAUUUAUCAUUUACAGGCAUUUGUAAAUACAUUUUGUCAUUYAAUACAGAUUAUUAAAUUUUGAAGGUGUAAUAUUUAUAAAAAGGGCAAUAUUGAUUGCAUAUCAACAAUAAACUCAUGUGUUGUUAUAUAAUCAUUUUUAAUUUACCCAUGAAAACCUAACCCAGAGGUAGAGUGUAGUUGGUGUGCCUGCCCCACAUGUAAUGACUUUGGAUGGGUCAGGUUCCCUCAUUUCUUUCCGAGUAAAAACCUGGAUUCCAACAAUGAAAUAACAAUCUAAUAAAUAAUAGACUAUCACUGAUGUUAUAUUGUUUGACUAUUGGAUUAGGGGAUUUGACUAUGAAUAUAAUUAUAUGAGAAAUUAUUAUAACCUAUAUUCUAAUUCCCAGCUUACAUUUACAAAUGGAGUACAAAAUAAAAGUGUACAACAAUCACA